UUUUUUUUUUGGUAUUAUUUAGCAUAAAUUUUGUUUUCGUUGUUAUGUCAUUGACCAAAAAAAACCAAUCAUCAUCUUAAUCAUGCGAAAUAAUUGGUUUGAUAUUAUUCUAAAAUCCAUUUUUCGAAUUUGUUUUGGAAAAUGAUUGGCUUCGAGUGGUCAUUGGAGGAAAAAUGAACAAAAUGAAAUUUGAGGAAUCGAAUAACAUAAUUUUUAUUUUCAACACAUAAUAAUUGUUUUUAAGAUAAUAAAAUAUCAUUAGCGUGAUUGCUACCGGAUCAAUCGGAAUCAAUUUUGAUUAUCCAUAUCCUCUUCUUCUCCGGUAUUACCAAAACCCUCAUGACUUUAUCGAUUUAGUUGACAUUGUAAAUGCGAACAUGGCUUCAUCAAAGGCAAAGAAAGGACUUGGCGAUAUGUUUCGCCACGCAAUGAGACACCACAAAAAAUCUUUAGACGGAAGUCACGAAACUGUAUCAUUGAGUUCAGUACUCGAGUUUGGACAAGGAAAAUCUAGUGCUAGUGGUAGUAAUCGUCUUCGAGAAAGAAAUGAAGAUGAAGGUUCUUCGAAUAACGCAUCGGAAAAGUUCGAUUUCUUUCAUAAAGAGUUUCUUUUCUGGUCAAGGUUAAAACAGGAGCCACGAUAUAGGAAACAAACAGAUCAUUACAAGGAAAAACAUUCAAAGAUUAUGAAGAAGAUGGAGGAAGGCUUUGCUCGGAAGGUGGGCAUCGAGAAUCUGUUUUCUGUGUGUGCUAAAAUGGGUAAAGAAGUUGGUGUAAAUGAAUACAACGGAAUGAUUAAAGUUUGCAUACAUAGCGCGAGGAUAAGCGACGAUGUAGAAGCUGCUCUUGAUCACAUUAGGAAGGCUAUUGAAUAUCUCAAAGAGAUAAACAAAUGUGGAUCCAUUAUAGGAAAAGGAACGUAUGUGCCUCUUCUUAAGUUCUUAGUUGAUAUGGGAAUGGUAGAGGAAUUCCAAAUUUCCAAGGAUGUUAUUAUAGAGGCAAAUCCUGAUGCUCUUGGGCAAGUUGGCUACUAUGAAAUGCUUCUUUGGAUCCAAGUCGGCGACGAAGUAAGUAUCGAUGAACUUUGCUGUACAAUUGAUGAUAGUGAGAAUAGUUUAUCAAUCCUACAAGGUAAGCAGUAUAUGUGUUAUUAUAUUGGGUUAGAACUCCGGUUUUUUUGCUUGCUCUCUACUCUCUAAGUACACCUUUUGGUUCUUAAACAGAAUAUUAUAUGAUUGCACUGUGUGAGAAAGACAGAAAGGAGAAUCUUCAGAGGCUGUUAGAGAUUGUCGACAUUACGAAAGUUUCUUCACCACGCCUAUUGACAAACAUAUUUGGAUACCUUGGAAGGUCACUUUUGGAGUCUAUGGCAAUGAAGUUCCUUAGGGAACUACAAAUGUGUGGUAAAGGUGAGUAUAAAUCAACCGAAAUAACCUUGCAUUGUUUUACUGUAUUGGAAAAAAAUUGAAGGAAGGGAGAUGAAUACACUUUGUAUACUCCAUGUUAAAUUAUUAUACUAUAACAUAUUAAGUCCCUUGCGAUAAUUUCAUAGCACGGUAACAUGGUACCCUUAACGUUUUACAGAUGGAGUGAAGACUGUUUCAGAUCUUAUAUUUAGCUAUGCGACCUGCAUUCCAAAUUUAACGGUAAGAAGUUUCUAAAUAUAAUGCUUGUAAAUACGUCACCUUGCUCUGGUUCUAGAUUAUUUGCAUAUGGUUUUGACACUUUCAACAUUAAUAGGGAUUUACAAUGUUUCUAACACCUAAAGUCUCAUCCUAGAUCUUAUUUGGUACUGAAAUAUAUAUCACUUAGGUGUGUUAGCUAGAUUUUGGUUCCAAGCUUUCUGUGAAAAAGUGAAGUUUGAUUAUCAAAUAUUCUCUAUAUCCUUGAUCCACUAACCAUCUUCUAGCUAAAUAUUAUCGCUCUUCUGAUUUUUUGGUAUUUAAUUAACACCAAGUUGUUAAAUGGUUCCUUUUAAGAUAAGUCUCUUAACAGUCCAUUUUCUCUUAUAAUAUUGAUAAUUUAAAGGGAAAGGAUGCUGUAUUGAAGUUCAACAAGUUGCAUGAAGAACUAGACAUCAUGCCUUCAUCGACAUCUUAUGAUAAGCUUAUUACUUAUCUUUAUGACUCAAAUGAGGUAUCUUCACGCUUCUCUUGAUCUUUGUUCUUCUGGUUUAUUCUCCCCGAUUGACUGAUGAUCAGAUCAGAUAAUCAUUCCUCUGUAUCGUUAGGUGGCCACUGC